UGAAAGCAAAAGGAAUUUCAUAAGCAACCAACAACACAACCUAGUAGUUUUCUCAGAUUCAUUUCAAUUUCAUCUGAACUCAGCUUUUCUAGUUACAAGUAUACUAAACUAAUAUAACAUCACUGAAAGAAAGAAAGAAAAAAACAGUGCAUGAAACAAGAUAUGGAAAGAACAACAACAAUAAAAACCUUUGAUUGUAACCUGCCUCCAAAAUCACCAACCAUCUUAAGAGAUAUAGAUGCAUCUUUCUCAUCCUAUCUCACACCCCAAAAGCCAAAUAAUCAUAAUCACCACCACAAACUCGACGAUCCCACCUCAGAACUCAGCAUAUUCGACGCACACAAAUACUUCAACGAAGGAACCAACAACGACAACAUCCAAAAAGUUACAAUCAGCAGCAACAACAACAAUAACAAUAACAACAAUAGCAGAGUUUCACCAGUAGUGAUCAAUGUUAACAAUGAAACAGAAAGCAUUGUUAUACCAGAUACAACAAGAUACUCAUCUGCUUCAUCAAUGGAUGGUUAUGCAAACAUCAGAAACUAUCGAGCUCGUUCUUUCCAUGCUGCAACACCAACAGCUUCAUCAGAAGCUAGCUGGAACAGUCAACAAGGUUUGUUAUCACACCCAGCAGGUGCUAUCUCAGUUAACAUCAAAAACCCUUCAAAUCCAAAUCCUAACAACAGCAACAAACACAAAUCAUCACUUUCUAAACCAAAUUGGUUUUUAAGGAGAAAAUGUCCCUGCACAGGUAAAAAAUCAGUUCAAGUCAAUGAAAAAAAAUUAACAGAAUUACCCAAAAACAAUAUCAAAAUUCCUUCACCAAUUUCACCACCACCACCAAUGAACAACAAUUGGAUUAACAAUAACAUUGAUCAAACACAGAAUCAUGUUGUAACGAAAUCUCAAAGGUUUCAACCAGUGGUAACAACAACUGUAAGAGUGCCUUACACCGAUGGAUUCACAUUUCCAGUGUUAAACCCUAAUUCAUCUUCAACAACAACAAAACUCAAAAACGGCAUCGUUUUGGAAGAUCCACCGAGAGAGUCACUGGAGGUUUUCCGACCACCGGAAGAACUCACCGUCGAUACUAAAACCCUCAAUUUCCAAUUCCCGCCGGGUAUAUCACGAAUCGUCAUCGAUGAUAACGACGCGGCUAGUGAUGCUAGCUCCGAUUUGUUCGAAAUCGAAAGUUUCUCAACUGCAACGCAAUCGUCGUACUCUGCUGCGGUGUACCGGAGAAACAGCAGAGACUCGUUUGAUGAAGGAUCAGUGACGACGGCGAUGACGGACUGUUACGAACCGAGUGAAGCGAGUAUUGACUGGAGUGUGACGACGGCGGAAGGAUACGACGAAAGUAGCAUCGCCGCCGUGUCAGUCGGUGGGUACGGUGGUGGUGGCGGCGGUAGCGUGACGGCGGAGCAUUGGAAGAGAAAAGGCGGGAACGGUUUGUUAGUGAGCUGUCGGUGUGAGAAAGCGGUUAGUGUGGGUCCACAGCCAGUGAAAUGUGAGGGACAAAGAGGGGCCACGUCAGCAUGGAAACAAGUGAAUGGUGGUGGUGUAAUUAGUAGUAGGGUAGGGGGUGUAAAUAUUAAUAAACCACCACUUGCUAGGUCUUCUCAUUCUCAUCAAAGAAAUAGCAACAAUACACCUCGUGUUACUUCUUUUGCUUUUGCGACAUAGUUGUUUCAUUUUGAUGUUGAUGCAUGCACCCUUCAAAUGUUACAUUGCAAGGGUCAUGUUUUUUUGUUUUUUGUUUAUUCAAUUUCAAAGGUCUCAAAUAGUGUGUGUUUUCUUGUAUUUUUUUCGAUUCUAUAUUGUACUCAUUUUUGUUUCAUGGAUUUGUAACUCGUGAGAGGUAACGUAACACACCAUGUAACAACUCUGAGCUACUUGUAUAUUGCAUUUAUGCUCCUUUUUCUUUAAA